AAAAUAAAUUAAAAUGGGAUCAGAGUACUCCAAGGGUAAAAUGUGAACGGUCGAGAUUGCAGUAUAUAUAAAACCAAAUUGACUCGUCCCGCUCUCAUUAACCACCUUUCUCUCUUCCUUCCCAAGAAACCAAGAGAAAAUCCAUCAUCCAAGAAAGAAAGCAAGAAAACUCAACCAUGUCCAAGGCUGAUAGAAUUCGUAAAAAUCGCGUACUUUCAAAGCCACUGUCACAAAACCCGUCACCCAAUACAGAGCCACACCAAUAUGUCCAAUAUUUCUCUAAAAAGAUUAAUAAAAUACCAAAGAAGUAUUUUCAAUUGAUACUUGUUUGUCUUUUCUUCUUGAUCUUCGCACUCGAACACUCCAGCAAUGGCAGUGGCAGUUUCUACAGCCUUUUUCACUCGCGUUUUGCUGGUUAUUUAUCUAAGCAGCAGGAAGAGUCCGGACUCCAUUUCCAUGAAAUAAUGGAGAGCAAUUACAAGCCAGUUAAACAGAAGGGAAAUCCUUACUAUUCAGAGAAUUUUACUACGAAUUACUAUCAAAUGGAAAUGAAGUUCAAGGUGUAUAUGUACCCAGAAGAUGAAGUUCUCAACAAGUACUACCAGAAUGGGAGCGAAGGCUACUUCUUCAAGAACAUCAAAGAUAGCCAGUUCCGCACCACUGUUGCUCAAGAAGCUCACCUCUUCUUUAUCCCCAUUCGCACCCACCAAAUGCACAACAUGGGAACAUUGAAUGAGGAAAUGGCCAUUGUAGUCCAGAAUUAUGUCCAGAGCUUAAUCACGGAAAACCCAUAUUGGAAUAAAAGCCAAGGUGCAGAUCAUUUUUUCAUAAAUUGCCAUGAAAUUGGUGUGAUGGCUACAAAAGGAUUGCCAUUGAUGAAGAAUGCAAUUCAAGUUGUGUGUACCUCUCUGGAUGCAUUGGAAUUUAACCCAUUCAAGGAUAUUAUCAUCCCAGCUCAAGAUCUUAAACCGUCCACAACAACCAGGAAAGUAGUAAGAGAUUCAGAACUUGAUAGGAACUACUGCUCAUGCCAGUUAUCCCCAUUUCGUGCCGCCUGUAUGGUAGAAUCGAUCCUUGAGGAAUGUGUUCCUGCAGUUGUCUCGUUCCUCAACCUUGAUUUGCCAUUCAAUGAUACUCUUGAUUGGACAAGAUUUUCUAUUAUAGGAAGAACUAAAGACGUACACUUAAAUGGUGAAAAGCUCAACAAAUUACAUAACAACUUACUCGAGAUUCGAAAACAUUUUCAAUGGAAUUCACCUCCAGUGAGAUUGGAUGCUUUUCAUAUGGUCAUAUACGAACUUUGGCAGCAUGCACGCAGACUUCAUUUUACUUGAUUGCUGUUUCUCACCACUCAAGUUCUUUCUUCUUCUUCCUUUUUCUAGAGAAAGCUCUCAAGUUCUUUCUGAACAGUGAACACAUCAAAAAUAAAUAAAUAUUUCUGUUAUUGUAGACGUUAAGAUUGACAAUUGACAUGA